GGUCGCCGGUGUCUCGCCGGCCGUGUGUGUGUCACCUUGCACUGCUUGCAACGGCCGGGGUAUGAUGGCUGUGCUCCUUGUGCUCCUGUCCCUGUUGGUGGCAGGUGUUUUGGGGAAUGAGUUUAGUAUAUUACGAUCCCCAGGAUCUGUUGUUUUCCGAAAUGGAAAUUGGCCUAUACCAGGUGAUCGAAUCCCAGAUGUUGCUGCUUUAUCCAUGGGCUUCUCUGUCAAAGAGGACCUUUCCUGGCCUGGCCUUGCCGUGGGAAACCUAUUCCACAGGCCCCGUGCUACCAUUAUGGUAAUGGUGAAAGGAAUAGACAAACUGGCCCUCCCCGCAGCAAAUGUCAUCUCCUACCCCUUGGAAAAUGCAGUUCCUUUUAGUCUUGACAGUGUUGCAAAUUCCAUUCACUCCUUAUUCUCUGAAGAAACUCCUGUAGUCUUGCAGUUGGCUCCCAGUGAGGAAAGAGUGUAUAUGGUGGGGAAGGCUAAUUCCGUUUUUGAAGAUCUUUCAGUCACUUUACGACAACUCCGGAAUCGCCUGUUUCAAGAAAACUCUAUUCUCAAUUCACUUCCUCUCAGUUCUCUGAGUAGGAACAAUGAAGUUGACCUGCUCUUUCUUUCUGAACUGCAAGUGCUCCAUGAUAUUUCAAGUUUGUUAUCUCGUCACAAGCACCUAGCCAAGGAUCAUUCUCCUGAUUUGUAUUCACUGGAGCUAGCAGGUCUGGAUGAGAUUGGGAAACAUUAUGGAGAAGAUUCAGAACAAUUCAGAGAAGCUUCCAAGAUCCUUGUUGAUGCUCUACAAAAGUUUGCAGAUGACAUGUACAAUCUUUAUGGAGGGAAUGCAGUGGUAGAGUUAGUGACAAUUAAGUCAUUUGACACAUCCCUGGUGAGGAAGACGAGGACUAUCCUUGAGGCAAAAGCAGAGAAGCAAGUCAUUCCCUGUAACCUGGCAUAUAAGUAUAAUUUUGAGUAUUCAGUGAUUUUCAACUUGGUACUUUGGUUGAUGAUUGCCUUGGCCCUGGCGGUCCUUAUAACCUCCUACAACAUUUGGAACAUGGACCCCGGAUAUGACAGCAUUAUAUAUAGAAUGACAAACAAGAAGAUUCGAAUGGACUGAUCUUUCCUUAUGUCAUCCAUACACAAGGGGUUUGGAAAUGGGUCAUUUUUUUAAAAUACAUCAUGUAGUGUGGUUUAAAGUAUAGGCAAUAUACCUUAAAUUUAUCAAAAUGAACAAAAAAACAUCAGAUUUUUGUUCUCUAUUUUGUGUGCGCCUGUGGAGGCUCUUUUUUAGACUGAAUUAUGCUUUUGUUGUGAGAUGAAUUCUGUGAUAUAUAGAUUCUAUAUUAUGCUUGAAUUUUAUGAUAUAGCUAUAUAAUAAUGUAAUGUAAUUCCAUUUAAUAAAUGUGGAAAAUGCACUGAAAGAAACAUAAACCACUUAGAAUAGCUUGUGUUAUUUAUCUUGGGAAAUGCACUGA